AUUCCAAGCAAUUUCUCAGAUGACAAAGAAUCUCCAAGGCCAGUAGUAGCGCCCAGGUACUCGCCAUCCACUGCUGGUCCUGCCCCCGGAGCCGCGUCCUGUAUCAGCCCAUUAUCCUCACACACUUUUCCACAGUGGCAUUCAGUGAAGUGCAGGUGUUUCUGGUGCUGUGGAAGGCAGGAUACAGUGUCAGGAAAAAAGGCUCAAAUCCUCUCUCUCCUCCUCCUGAAUCCCACAACAGUGCUGCUGCCACUUCACCUGGGGAGGGUCCUGUUGAGGGUCCAGAGUGUGGUUCUGAGACUAAGCAGAGUGGUCAGUCCCUGCCGUGCCCCUUCCGGCCUCUGUGCAGCUCUUACGGACGGGCGCGUGCUCGUGUGCAGCUCCUGGGGCACCGUGGGUUGGCGGGAUGCGGACCCUGAGACCUGCAGCACCUGGCGAGGACGGGAACCCCUCUCCUCCCCCUCGGGCACGCCCCUCACCGAGGCUUCCUGCCCUCCUCUGCCGCUCCCACCCCCUCUUCCCCCGCGAAGGGUCCCGAUUUCUGUGUCCCCUGGGCCCCUCCCUGGGCAGGGGUUCAGCCUGAAUCCAGGAUGCUGUCUCUGAGGCUGGGAAACCCACCAGCAGGCCAGGGAGGGCCAGGGCACCCCCCGCGCCAAGGUCGCAGCUGGGAGUGUGCCAGCCACACAGGACGAUCCGUCCGCGGAGGCCUCCCUGCCCCGACUGGGACUGACCUCCUUCGGAAGAGGGGCCUGAUGGCUCGGAGACGAAAAGAUCCCAGGUGGAGAGUAGUCCCCUCCUAACGCAAGUGAGAGCAGCCCCCACAACAUCUGCCAGCAGAGUCCCCAGAUGUCUGGAAAGACGCUGUCCCCACAGGGAAAGAGGAGGAGGCCAACAGGGCUGCUCCCAGCUCCCACCGGCCCAGGAGCCCGCGACAGAGCAGGCCACAGGUGACACCAUCACCACUCAGGACCUGGUCCCUCCAGACGCCAGCACGUCUUCCGCCCCGGCCCAUCCUCUCAGUGAGGCCGGAGGCCCCAGGAUCCUCACAUCCCUCAGUCCUUCCCGAGCAGCUUGUGGCCGUGCACUCGGAUCACGGGCCCUGAGGAAAGGGCAUCCCAGACAUCUCAGGCCACGCUGGACACAGGGGACAGGCCAGGACCCUGACUCAGAAAACAUCAUCCUGGCCACUGGCCCGCGAGGGACACGGGGAGCCAAGGGAUCAGUGGGGCCCUGGCCCAGGGACCCGUCCCCCCAGGCAUUUCCCAUUCCCAAAAUGUGUAGUUGGGAGAAAUGGGGGUGGGCACAGCCCCUCGUGCCGUCAGUGGCCUGGCGGGCAGCAGCUAUUGCAUGGGAGAGAGGCAGGUGGAGUCUCUGACACUGCUUCCCCUCCCGCCCCAGCUGGGAGAGUCAACCGAAAGCAACGUCUCAUCUGGGAAGGGACAGAAGUAAGUGGCACCCUUGGAGCCUGGUGGGUGCAGGGCCCUGGUGCCCGGUCGUCCUCCCUUUCUUAGCAGUCUGGCCCCGCAGGACCCAGGGUCCCCGGCGGGUGGAGGGGAUUGGUGCAGACCAACCCAGUGUAGCCCAGUGGCAGCUGACCGCCGGGUGGAGAUCAAGUCGGCCUGGAGGCUGGGAGGUGUGGACACUGAUCUGGCAAAUGCAAUCUUUUCUAUUCUGUUGCCAAAGAUGGACAGGGAACACCACGAGAGCCUGCGGCAGAACCGUGUGCCACCAGCAGGGCCCUGUCAGACCCACUGAGUAAGAGCAGGUGGUGGACCAGCACCAAUGCCUCCUCCCAGCAUGGAAUCAGAGCACGCGGAUGGAACAGGCAGGCUGCCCUGACCGGGUCCCGCACCACUUUUUCUCAAGGCCUGUCCCUCCGUUCAUGUCCAGGGCUGCAGUGAGAAUCCCGGGGGACCAGAAGAUGGAGGAGGCAGAAUUCAGAGCCUGGGGCUCCAUGCGUCAGCCGUGGGUGAGGGAGCAAGUAGGAUCUCAACGGCACUGAACUCCACUCGGUGAGGGGAGCUUUAGACCAUGGUGUCCCCAUGGCAGAGCCAGACACAGAAGCCAGGCCAUCCUGUGUUGCAGGGAGACAAGGCCCGAGAUAGAAGGCGAGUGGAAGCCUGGACAUGGCUCCUUAGAACAAACUCUGUCCGACAGAAAGAAGAGCACUUAGGCAGCUGGGCCUGAGGACUGACUCCUGCAAGUCGGCAUUUAGUAUGAGAUGUUAAUAUUUUACUACGUGGUGGCCGG